AUAAUAUAAUAUAUAUAUAUAACAGAAGUUUUUUUCCGCGCCACUCCGCCUCGCCUCGCGUUCUCUCCGUUCGUCCGCCAGCGCUUCGCACCUCACUUGCCCGUUCGCCGCACGCACACACACACACUCCGUUUCUCUCGUGCCGUUCUCUUGCAAUGUUUCGUCCCGUGCAGAGUUUACACGUCUCGCGCACAAACGUCCCGUCCAACGACCGUCUACACGCCGCUGCCGACCGAUUGUGAUACGCCAGUCAUGGAAUGAUAGUGCAAAUCGUCGUACCGGACCACCGACGCCGCCGACAUGGACAACACUACAACACAGGAGUUCGAGUUCCUAGACUUCACGGAUAUCAAUGACAUGGAACGGGGCCGAUUGCUGCACUUGUUAUAUUCUGCCCGUAACGAGUGUUGGGUAUCAGGACAAGACGGAUCCAAACACCCCGAUUUCCCGUGGACGUUUCGUGGUUCCCAGCAACAACAGGAACCGCUACCACCACCGGACGUCGUCAGCGAAGUGGGCAACAUCACACAUAUAUCCGAUUGGAAUACAGCGGCCGACGAAUAUGAUAGUGGUCAUCCGACAGUUAAUGGUGAUGCCGAAACCGACAACCAGGUGAUAAUGAAUGGUGGAAAUUUUGUACCCGGACCUCCGCAACCGGUCUACCAAAUGGUGCCCAAUCCUCCGGUAUAUAUGGGCAACGUACCACCACCUUUACAGGGAUAUGUUCCUUCACCAAUGUCACCGUACCAACAACCAAUGUAUCCAGGACCCGAACCACCUAUGGAUCCAAAUCAUAGACGGCCAAAUGUGUCCAGGAACGGCAAGGGCAUUCCUCCUCCACCCAAUGUCAAACGGAACAAUGAUAUGGGAUAUCGGCACCCAGAAAACAUAGAAAUGGCCAACUAUCAGUCGCCGCCGACGUACAUCGCCGUGCCGCAACCUCAUCAUUAUUAUUAUUCACAAAACAGUCCUCUGUAUUUGCCACAUCAUGGGCACCCGACUUAUCCGAUGUACACUCACCCGCAUCCAGGCAUGUACAAUCCGUAUCCGCCACCGCCAGGUCCGCCCAUGUUUCACUCCCCUCCCGGCGGUCAAGUACCUCAACAACCGCUUCUAGUCGAAUCGUGCAAAUCCAACGUGAACCCGAUACCGCCGUCUGUACAUAAUAUAUACCCUCAAGUACCGGAAAACGUUGUCGACGAAACGACGGUGGAUUCUCAAGUGUUGUCUUCAGUACCGCCCCCACCACCUCAAAAUGAAGAGAUAAUCAUCAGCCAACAAUUAGAUCAUAUUAAAAUCCCAGACAAUUUAGACACCAAACAGCCUGUGGUAGAACCUCUUGAGGAAGUUCAACACAAUAUUGUCGUUAAAGAACCGGCUGCCGACGUAGAAAUAACAACUGUCGCUGACGCAACGACUGAAAAAGUCAAAGACCUUCCAGCGUCUACUAAAAACAAAAAGAAGAAAGAGCCAACAACUAACGGCCCGUCAAACUUGGUUCAAGAAAGUCAAAAAGAAGCCAAAAAAAUUGAAGAAUGUUGUCCGGUUGUUGCGAUCAAAGAAGAAACAGAAGCCAAUCAAAACAAGGUUACCUCUUCAGUUCCUGUUCCUUUGGACAAACCCGAAGUCGUUGAAACCGAGCCCGUCAAACCGGUGGCUAAGACGUGGGCAGGACUCUUUUCCGGUUCCCCAAAUACAAGCAACAAUAAAGUUUUUACAUUGCAUGGCAGUAGCCAGCCGGCCGCUGCCGCCAGUAACACGGAAAAUAUUGUGAUGCCGACAAGGAGUGUACCCGACAAUCCAACUACAAUUAGGUCUUCAGUAUUUGUUGCGCAGGCCAAUCAAAAAUCGACACAACCUAAGCCCAGGCCUUCAAGCAGCAAUUCUUUGUCUAGUAUCGACGACAACUCAUCGCACAUACAGAGAUUAGGUGAAUUUCUAUCCGUUUACAAUUUGGAUCACAAGACUGUUCAUCUACAACCUCGCGGCCUCAUUAAUCGCAACACGCGUUGCUAUAUAAAUGCAACGCUUCAAGCAUUGUUAACCUGUCCCCCGUUUUUCAAUCUCAUGAAAAGCGUUCAGUUUAAAUUGAAGAAUAGAAAUAGUCGCUUAUCUCAAAAGUCAUCCACGCCAAUUCUAGAAAGCAUUGUUCAAUUUGUUGGAGAAUUCCAACAAUUAAGUAUUAAAAACGGCAGAACUACCCAACAACAACGACAAGCUACUUCGGUAGCCACUCAUGAAACACCCGAUGUUGGAUCGGCAUUCGAACCUAGCUAUGUCUACAAAAUACUUCCAGCUUUCGAAGAAGGCCGUCAAGAAGACGCCGAAGAAUUUAUGAGUUAUCUUCUCAACGGCAUUAAUGACGAAAUGAUAGACCUUAUCAAAUUGAGCAAAUCUAAUAUAAGCAACGGAGAAACGUUUUCCGAAGCCGAGAGCGUUGACAACAAUAAUGAAUGGAAAGAAGUCAACGGAAAACACAAAAUGGUGACCAGGCGAACAGUGCUAGAAAAAACGCCCUUGUCAGAAAUAUUUCGCGGACAAUUGCGUACGCGUACCGUGAAAAACGGCGAAAGCGAACCGACUGAAAAUAUAGAGCCUUUCUUCACGCUUAAACUAGACAUUGAAAAAGCGAAAUCUGUACGCGAAGCAUUGGACAUGCUCGUCACUAAAGACACUCUCGAAGGGUUCACUUGUCCCAAGACCAACCGCGAAGUGGACGCUUACCAACAGGUCACUAUUGACGAACUGCCGUAUGUUUUGUUGUUGCAUCUGAAAUGUUUUGAAUACAAACAACAGAAAAUGACAAAAAUUGUGAAAAACGUAGAGUUCUCGGUCGAUCUCAAAAUCGAACCAAAACUGAUUUCAAAGAACUCUAAGAAUAGUAUGAAGACCCGUCAAUAUAAACUUUUCGCAGUGGUUUACCAUGACGGAAAAGAAGCAACUAAGGGUCACUAUUUUGCCGACGUGUUCUAUGUGGCGCUUGGUCGAUGGUUGCGAUUCGACGACGCGUCUGUUCGCUUCGUCACCGACAAAGAAGUAUACCAACCCAAGCCGCCGUGCAUGCCUUACUUGCUGUACUACAGAAGAAACGACACUAUUGCUGCACUAUCCGCGUUUGACAACAAAAGCCGAUAGAAUGUGUACUCUAUUGUAUACAUGAUAUAAAUAUGUGAUAUAUAAAGAUUCAAGUUUCGAAAAAUCCCUAGUGAGAUAAUAUUAGAUCAUUAGACAUUUUUUUUUGUUUUUUUUUUUUUUUUAGUCAUUGGCCUCCCUAGACUCCGGGUAGUGUUUUAUUUAUAUAUUUUUUUUCUCUCUUUACAUGGAAGUAAACACAGGGUUAUUUUACAU